GCAGUAAUACACAUACACCGAUCGAUAAAUUUCGAGAAAUAUACAUUUAGAACCGGAGAAAAAAAUCCCUAUUACCUUUACUAAACCUCUAUAUAUAAUAAAUUUUCUGUGCAUUUUCGAGAGGAAAUACAUCAAAUUAUGGAUGAGGAAUAUGAUUUUAUAGUUUUAGGAACAGGAUUAAAAGAAUGUAUUCUCUCCGGUCUGAUGUCUGUUUCGGGGAAGAAGGUGUUGCAUAUGGACAGAAAUGAUUAUUAUGGUGGUCAAAGCGCUUCAAUUACACCCAUAGACCAGUUCUAUAGAUACUUCGGAAAACAGUAUGAAAUUCCUCUAUUAGAAGAGAAAUUUGGGAAACUAAGGGAUUGGAAUGUUGAUCUUGUACCAAAAUUCUUGAUGGCUAAUGGUGAAUUAGUAAAGCUUCUUAUCCAUACUGGCGUAACGAGAUAUUUGGAAUUCAAGCCUAUAGAAGGAUCUUAUGUUUAUAAGAAAGGCAGUGGGAUUUGCAAAGUACCAUCUAAUGAAACAGAGGCAAUGAAAAGCGAAAUGAUGGGAUUAUUGGAAAAGAGAAGAUUUCAAAAAUUCUUACAAUUCUGCUCCGAGGUAGAUGAAAAGGAUGAAUCAACUUGGAAAAAUAUGGAUCUAAGAAACAUAAAAACCAAUGAAUUCUAUGACAAAUUCGGUUUAGAAGAGGAAACUAGGACUUUUACGGGUCACGCUCUCGCUUUAUAUAUAGAUGAUUCCUACCUAAAUGAAUCGGCUAUUGAUUUGAUAGUUAAAUGCAAAUUGUACAAUGAAAGCCUAUGCAGGAGUCGAAAAAGUCCUUUUCUCUACCCUCUCUAUGGUCUAGGCGAGCUUCCCCAAGGAUUUGCUAGACUUUCUGCUAUCUACGGUGGAACUUAUAUGUUGAACAAGCCUUUCGAGAGUAUCGUAUACGACGGAGGAAAGGUAGUGGGGGUCGCAGCAAAAAAUGAAAAGGGAGAAGUAGAGGUUGCGAAAUGUAAACAGGUAAUCUGCGAUCCAAGUUACGUUGAUAAGGACAAAGUGAAAUUAGUAGGAAAGGUGGCUAGGGCAAUCUGCUUUUUAAAUCAUCCUAUUCCCAACACUAACGAAGCUUCUUCCUGCCAAAUCAUUAUACCGCAAAGUCAAGUGGGUAGAAAAUACGACAUAUACAUUUGCAGUAUAGGCAGAGAACUUAAAGUUUGUUCGAAAGGAAAUUAUCUUGCUCUUGUAUCGACCACGGUUGAAACGUCUGACCCAGAGGCAGACUUACAACUUGGUCUUGAUCUUUUGGGACCAAUAUCUGAAAAGUUUAUUAGCGUAAGCGAAUUAUACGAACCCGUCGAUAAAGGUACGGAAUCUAAAGUCUUUAUAACAUCUUCUUACGAUGCAACAACUCACUUUGAGAGUACUUGUAAGGAUGUUUUGGAAAUUUACAAGAGAGUAGUGGGAGAAGAGUUCGACUUUUCGAAAGUUAAGCAUACUCUCGAAGUUGCCGAACAAGAAUAGGAAAGAUUGUUUUCCUCUCUUUUUUUAAUUUUGGCCUCCCAAUAUGAGAAUUAAAUGCUUGAUAUGAUUGAUUACUAGUUCGCAAUUAAGGAAAAAGCUAUAUGGAGAAAAGAAGAUUCUAUACAUGCAUUUUACAAUAUUUACUGCUUCGUAACGUUCCUUGUUUUCAUCUUGCUAGAAUAUCUAAUAGAUAUUCUAGUUGAAAGUCGUGCUAUAUUAAUGUUUCUUUUGGUUCAAUUUUGCUUCUGAUUUAAUAGUGUCAACCUAAGUCCAAAAUAUUUGUGUUGUAUGCUUUGAUGGAUGUUAAAGUACGCUGCUUUUUAUGCUUACAAAUAAAUCCAGUUAUCCCGGAUAGUUAAGCCUUUCUAAAAAAUAUCGUAUGCUAUUAACAUAGAGGAUAUAAUAUAGAUUAAAAGAGAAUAAUCAUUUCAGUCGUUAGAUGUCACUACU